AUGACCUGUGAAGGCUGCUCAAAUGCUGUGACACGAGUUCUCGGCCGACUCCCAGAUGUAAAGUAUGAAAUUGAUUUGCCAAAUAAGAAAGUGUUGAUACAAUCUGACCAGCACUCAGUGGACCAAUUGUUGGAGACCCUGAAAAAGACUGGAAAAGAGGCAAAAUACGUGGGCUGUAAAGAUUAA